AUGGAAAAUCGUCUCGUGCUUCUUAUCGUAAUCAAUACGCUUCUGUUGGCACAGACCGCAGCAAAACAAGAAGACUUCCAUAAGAAGUGUCUCGCUUCCUCCGGAGCAAACGCUGAUGUGAUUGCUAAAGUCCGAAAUGGGAAAUUCUCAAACGACCCUCAAACUCAGAAAUAUUUCGGUUGCAUGCUGCUUUCGGUAGGAAUAGUAAACCAGUCUGGUCAGUUGCAAGUCGAUGUACUCAGAAAAAAGGUGCCUAAAGACAUGAAGAAGGACGAAGCAAUAAAGAUUUACAUGAGUUGCAAGGAUAAAAAAGGAGCAAAUAACGAUGAAACAGCUUACUUGCUGUACAAAUGCUUUUGGGAAGCCACUCCGCGUCAUUUGAGAAUCGACGGACAAUAAACAUAAAAGUAAAUUUGUACUAAAAGAAAAAUCAAUAAAGGUUGAAAAAUUCAAAAAGAGACGUGGUAUGAGAAGAGAAUGUGUCCACUGGGGAUAC